GUUGUGUUAUUAAAUAUUGGCUCAAAAAUAGAUUGAUAUAAAUUUUAAGUGGCAUUGUUUAAAAGAAACAAUGUCCCUGACCCUACUGAAGCAUGCGUGGCGCAAUGUGGUGAAAACCAACCAGCUCAGCCUCACCUCCGUACACUCCAGGGCGCUCUCAUCCAGCCUCUCAGAAACAACAAAGUCGUCAACAACGAGCAAUGACCAGCUGACGACGCGGCUGCAGGCGGCGGUGACCGCGGGCGCCGUGCUCGCGGCCGUGCAGGCCUCGCCCUCCGCCACCGCGCAGCACAUGCUGCAGGCGCUGCGCUGCCUCUUCCUGCUGCACCGGGCCGGCAAGUUCGAGAAGGAACCAGAAGAAUUAAUAAAAGACCCGGGCUUCAGCGUCCUCUGCCAGAAUUUCAAAAAGCACGCGCGCGCCCUCGAACUUAACGAGGCGAUAGAAGCUACCAAAGUCCUCUCCUACCUCAAAGUCCCCGUAGACUCGCUCAUAGUCCAAACCAUGCUGCAACUCAUACGUUGCAACAUAAACAAUUUAAACCUACGACAGAUCAUGUUCCUAGACUUCAUACUUAGUCAAUAUGACACUAAGAAUCAUUUAGUUGACGCGCUGAAGCUGGCGCUUCCGUUAGCUUUCCAAGUACACCUUUCUUUGGAGAUGGAUAAUGAGGACUUGCCGCUGCUCCGUGACAUGUUGUUUUACUGCUGUGCGCACGAGUUGCCUGAUCGGUGCAUAAACAACGUGGUCACGGGGCUAUUGUUACAUGAUCAGAGCAUAGACGCGCAGGCGGCCAAGUCGAUUAUAUGGUCUCUCUGCGACGUCAACUGCACCGAAGAAUUGUUCCCGACCAGAGUUCAGCUUCUCCACAUCUGCUUCGACAUCCUAAGUCAGUCCCUAAACCGCCUGUCCUACGACGAGGUCCUGCGCACGGCGGCGCGCCUCAAGGGCCGAAUACUAGAGAAACACCCCGAAUAUUACCACGAACACCUCAUGGAUGCCAUCGCGAACUACGUGGUGGACCAUAACGUGCCCUUCGAGAAGGGGCUGCUUAUAGCCAGGGUGCUGUCGAGGAUUGCCCACAGCCACCUCGGCCUGGUGGAGUACCUCUGCCAGCAGGUGGUGUCGAAGCCCACCACCCUCGAGAACGCGCGCACCAACAUCCUGUUCGGGUUCAUCAACUGCCUCUCCAACAACAACCACACGCCCGACGAGACACAGUGGGGAGAGAUCAGGAGGCAGAUCUCAAACAACCCCAUACUGGACGCCAAGCACGCCGCGCUGCCGUGGGUCAAGGUGUGCCUAGAGCUGGCGUCGCUGGGGCACUACGAGGACCGGCUGCUGCGGCGCGUGUUCUCGCAGGAGUUCCUCGCCGAGUUCCUGAGCCGCCCCGACAGCACCCUCGACCACCUGCAGCUGCUGACGCUGCAUGAAGCUGUACAUGCGUUCCACAGCGAGGAGUAUCAGUUGCCGGAGUACAUUCUAGAGAAGGCGAAGAAUCUGUACCCGACGCACGCUCUGUCGGAACAGCUGCAGAGGAACCUGGCGCACGCUGUCGGCGCGUCGGACGUGGUGGCUAGGAACGUGGUGCUGCCCGGCGGGAUCGUGGCAGAUGUACUGAUGUGUUUGCAAAACGGCUACCCCGUGUCGCUGCCGGCUACCGAUGGCCACAAGGUGCCCAUCGAGCAACUCAACUUGCCCGAAGGUAGUUUACCGGUGUGCAUCCUAAUCUUCAACCAGGGCUGCUUCUCGCUGAACAGCAACCGUCUGCGCGGCACGUUCCGGCUGGUGCUGGACGCGGUGGAGCGCGGCGGGCGCGCCGCCGUGGCGCUGAGCGCGCGCGCGUGGCUGGCCGCGCCGGCGCACGAGCGCGCGCCCUACCUGCUGCGCGAGGUGGGCUACCGCUGCGCGGAGUGCGGCCUCAAGCUCACCGGCACGUGAUGACCAAUGAUC